GGAGGAUCUGCGGCUGCGCUCAGCGAGCCGAGGGGGAUUCUUUUGGGCCAAAGAACAGUGGGGAUUGGCAUGGUAGAUAGUAACAGCAUCGGUCUGAGGAUUAAGUCGAAACAUCUAUGAUAUAUGCAUCAUGCUAUCAGCUGACUAAAGUGGCAUCUGCUCUCUCUCACAACCUCAUUCUCUGGAUAUCCAUCCCACUCCCACUCUCAUCUUCCCAUGAAUCUCUGAGCUCUUCCAAUCUCCAUGGCUCUCCCUCACUCUGCUCUUUCCUUCCUCAUCAAUGCCUUCCCUCCCUACCUCUUCCCUCCCCAUUCCCACUUUCCCUCCGCAUUCCAUUUCUCAAUCCCCACCCGCCCCUGCUUUCCCUCCCGUCUUUCCCUCCCUGCUUCCGCCCCCAGGAGUUUCGUCGUCAAUGCCACAGAGGCUGCUGCUGCUGAUAAGCAGCCCCUCUCCAGUCGGUUCCACAUAUCCACAGGAUACCCUUUGCCGUUUGGAGCCACUCUCCGUGACGGUGGUGUUAAUUUUGCCAUUUAUUCUGGCAAUGCAACCUCCGCCACUCUCUGUUUGAUCACUCUCUCUGAUUUGCACCAUAAUAGAGUAACGGAGCACAUUCCUCUCGAUCCGUUGAUCAAUAAGACUGGGGAUGUCUGGCAUGUAUUUCUGAAAGGCGAUUUCAAAGAUAUGCUAUAUGGCUACAAACUUGAUGGAAGGUUUUUUCCUGAAGAAGGACACUACUACGAUUCUUCUCGUAUAUUAUUAGAUCCUUAUGCAAAAGCAGUUAUAAGCAGAGGAGAGUUUGGUGCUUUAGGGCCUGACGGUAACUGCUGGCCUCAGAUGGCUGGCAUGAUUCCUUCUUCUUCUGAUGAGUUUGAUUGGGAAGGAGACUUACCUCUGAAAUAUCCACAAAAGGAUCUUAUUAUAUAUGAAAUGCAUGUGCGGGGUUUUACAAAGCAUGAGUCAAGCAGAACUGAAUUCCCCGGUACAUACCUUGGUGUAGUGGAGAAACUUGACCACCUAAAGGAACUUGGGGUCAAUUGUAUAGAAUUAAUGCCAUGUCAUGAAUUCAAUGAGUUGGAAUACUUCAACUACAACUCUUCACUUGGGGAUUACAAGGUGAACUUUUGGGGCUAUUCAACUGUCAAUUACUUUUCACCAAUGAUUAGAUAUUCAUCCACUGGUAUAAACAAUUGUGGCCGGGAUGGGGUCAAUGAAGUUAAGUUCCUUAUCAAAGAGGCACAUAAACGAGGAAUGGAGGUUGUAAUGGAUGUUGUGUUCAAUCACACAGCUGAAGGAAACGAGAAGGGUCCCAUAAUUUCUUUCCGAGGAAUUGACAAUAGUAUUUAUUACAUGCUUGCCCCCAAGGGGCAGUUCUAUAAUUAUUCAGGUUGCGGGAACACAUUCAAUUGCAACCAUCCUUUUGUGCGGCAAUUUAUAGUGGACUGCUUAAGAUAUUGGGUAACAGAAAUGCAUGUGGAUGGUUUUCGCUUUGAUCUUGCUUCAAUUUUGACCAGAUGUAGCAGUUUGUGGGAUGGAGUUAAUGUUUUUGGUGCUUCGAUAGACGCUGACUCAAUGACAACAGGAACCCCACUUAGCAGCCCCCCAUUGAUUGACCUGAUAAGCAACGAUCCAAUACUUUGCAAAGUGAAGCUUAUAGCCGAAGCCUGGGAUACUGGUGGCCUGUACCAAGUUGGCACAUUCCCUCACUGGGGUAUUUGGUCAGAAUGGAAUGGGAAGUACAGGGACACGGUGCGUCAAUUUAUCAAAGGUACUGAUGGCUUUGCUGGAGCAUUUGCAGAAUGCCUUUGUGGGAGUCCUAAUUUAUAUCAGGGAGGUGGGAGAAAACCAUGGAACAGUAUCAACUUUAUAUGUGCUCAUGAUGGGUUCACUUUGGCUGACUUAGUGACCUAUAACAACAAGCAUAACUUGGCCAAUGGAGAAAACAACAACGAUGGCGAAAAUCAUAACAACAGCUGGAAUUGUGGGCAGGAGGGAGAAUUUGCCAAUGCUUCAGUGAAGAAAUUAAGAAAGAGACAAAUGCGCAAUUUCUUCCUUUCUCUCAUGGUUUCCCAGGGAGUUCCGAUGAUUUAUAUGGGCGAUGAAUAUGGACACACAAAAGGGGGCAACAACAAUACAUAUUGUCAUGAUAACUAUCUUAAUUACUUCCGAUGGGAUAAAAAGGAAGAAUCCUCAUCAGACUUCUUCAGAUUCUGCCAACUUAUGACUAAGUUUCGCAAGGAAUGUGAGUCAUUGGGCUUAGAAGACUUCGCUACAUCAGAGAGGCUGCAAUGGCACGGUCAUGUUCCUGGAAUGCCUGACUGGUCUGAAACUAGCCGCUUUGUGGCUUUUACCAUGAUUGACUCGGUGAAGGGAGAAAUUUACGUUGCUUUCAAUACGAGUCAUUUACCGGUGACAAUUAGCUUGCCCGGGCGUCCUGGAUCCAGAUGGGAGCCCCUGGUAGACACCAGUAAGUCUUCACCUUAUGACUUUCUCGCAGCAGACCUACCUCAGAGAGACAUUGCAGUGCAACAGUAUGCUCAAUUCCUUGAUGCUAACUUUUAUCCAAUGUUGAGUUACUCUUCUAUCAUCCUCCUGCUUACUCCUGAUCCCAACGUUUAAUUUGGAAAAUUCUGUUGCCUCCAAGGCACCUUUCCUCGUUAUCAGCAAUAUUUUUCUGUGUAAUGGAACAAAUUAUUUUCGUGUAAAAAGAAACAGCUCUACAUCUAUUUAAUGGGUAUGUAUUUCAGUUGCUUACAUGAAUUUAAAAUAUAACUCAAAGUAAGUCUUUCAUAUAUGAAGCACUUAGAUUGAGUCUAAGGUAUUGGUAUAGCCGAUUGAUGUAAAUAUUUUUUAUAUGACAAAUUUGAUGCAAAGAUGUCUAGGAAAA